AUUUUGCCCGCAUUCGCACCUGAGCGCGCCAAAAGUAACCGUCAAAAACAGAUUCAACGACUCUCCUCUCGCUCCCUCCCGCUUGCCCGCUGACCAAACCUCCUCUCUCCUUCCUUCAUAUAAACCGAAAGCCUUAUUCACAAAAGAAACAGAUCACUCUGUUUUUCCCAUUCCAUCUCUCGCAUCUCCCAAGAACUCCACAGCGCGCACGGUUUGUUCACGAGAAAGAACGGAGAUACUGUGGAGAUCGGACAAGGUUGAGAGGCCGGUGAAGAAGAUGGCGAUGCAGUUCCAGAGCGGUCGAGAUCACAUCAAAGAGAAGAUGGCUACCGAAGAUUCUGAUCUCGAUAGUCGUAUAGGAGACGAGGGGCUUCAAAGUCGGACUCAGGGCAACCUUCCUCCGAUUCCAGAGGAGGUUCAGGUUGGUGAUUCUCUAGUGUACAGAAUAAAAGAAACACUGGGAAAGGGAUCCUCUGGACAAGUUUGUGUCGGUCAACCUGUUGGUCCUUCGGCUGCAAUCGGUCAAAUUGGUCUGGGAGCGGUAGAGGUAGCCAUAAAAUUCGAGCUUAGAAAAGCCCACAAAGGACGUGAAGAUGGAAUCCCUCCUGAGUGGAAAGCUUAUGAUGAUCUGGGUAACGAUCAUGGCAUUUCGCUUCCACGAGUACACUACAAGGAGCAACAAAGGGACUAUAAUGUCAUGGUCAUGGAUUUGCUUGGACAGAACUUACAUGUCCUGAUGCAAAACAGUCCAGACAAUCGAUUGGCAGUGGUUGCUUGUGUUGCUGUUGAAGCAAUUUCUAUACUCGAGAAACUGCACUCUAAAGGGUACAUUCAUGGGGAUAUCAAACCUGGUAACUUUUUGCUUGGUCCUCCGGGAACUCCUGAAGAUAAAAAACUGUAUCUGACCGAUCUUGGAUUAGCUAGAAGAUGGCUAGAUAAUUCCACUGGUUCACACGUUAAGUACGAUCAAACUCCAUCUUGUUUCAGCAGAGGAACAACUUGGUUCGCAAGUGUACAUGCUCAUCUUGGCAGAACAAGUAGCAGAAGAGACGACCUGGAGUCCCUGGCUUACAUGCUUGUUAAGUUUAUCUCUGGUCGUUUGCCUUGGCAAGAAUACAAGGGUAGGGAUAGCUCUCUCCUUGCUUGCAAGCAAAAGAUGGCCACUCCUCCAGGAACUCUGUGUCACAAUUGUCCUGAGCCUUUCCUGCGAUUCGCUGAGCUCGUGUUUAGCUUGAAAUUCGAUGAAGAACCAAACUAUACAAGAUACAUUUCUCUUUUCCAUGGGAGCAUCGGUCCAAAUCUAUACAUCUGGCCCUUUAGUCGUCUUCAUGUUGCUCAGGAGGUAGCAAAUAAGGGAGUUCCCCUAGCUGAAGAAGAUAAGCUACAAGUACGAACGGGGUUGAGUGUAUCGCAAUGGAUUGUCAAUUAUGAUGCGCAUCUACCCAUGAAGCAAAGGUUUUACACUAAUGCUCAUGAUUUGAACCUGCCCUUAGAAGCCGAGAAGGUAUGUGUAAAUGGAAUGUUUGUCAGUAGUGUGGCUUUUUGCUCAAAUUCGUGGACCCUGAUAAUGGACAACGGCACUGGCUUCACUGCUCAAACUCGUUAUCUUUCACCCGAAUUUCUUCCCCAGGAGUGGAUUCAGGCACAUUGGCUGAAGAGCUACCAGAUCACUGCAAUAGCCGGAGCAGACGAUCACAGAUCAUAUGUUGUAAUGUCCAAGGGGACCCGUUAUCUGCGGCAGCAUCUUGAGGUCAGUGCUACAUUCCCUUUCGAGUGGAUUAAGAGACAGUGGGCAGAAGGUUUCCACGUCACUGCCAUGGCCUCUUCUGGGAGCAAAUGGGCUGUUGUUACUUCCAAUGGAGCUGGAUUUUCUCACCAGGUUGUAGAGAUAGACUUCCAGUAUCCGGCUGAAGGCAUCCUUGAAAGGCAGAAGCAAGGCUAUCAUAUCACUUCGGUCGCGGCUAGUUCGGAUCAGAUUGCUUUUGUCUUCAGUAUUACUGGAGAAGCACCAGCAAGUGUAAAGCAAGAGACACUCCUAACGUCCAAUUUCCCCGUGAGCGGAACUCAGGAGAUGUGGGCGAGGGAUUACUAUAUUUCUUCCAUGUGCUAUAGUCGAACCCUAUCUUAGAUUCCCAAGAAUUCUACGCACAUGACUGGUGCUUUCGUGGGUGACUCGUGUGAUAAAGUGAGCAGCAUCUCAUAUCUUUUUCGCCUUACUUUUAGGAGCCGAGGUUUGACAAGUCAUUGGACACGGAUCAAUCAUGUACAGAAUUGUAUGAGUGAAUAGUUACCGCUUUCUUUAAUGAUUGCCUGUGGUAAAGCUUUAGACAUUGUGACGUUGAUCA